AAUUGACUGUGAUGGAGUCUCUCGAAAUAAACUCUCGCCGAGCUGCUGCUUCAGUAGCAGGCAGGAUGUAGAGCAGGGAAUAUCGCUUCACGUGCGUCUUACAAAACCAGUUGGACUUUGUACGAUGGCUGAAUAGCAACAAUGUACGAGUCAGGACUUCGAAGGACCAUCCCGGACCAGAUGUCAGGGAGCCUGAAUACUUUUGGCACAGCACGCCACUCAAGCAUCACCGACCCCAUCCUCUCAAAGAGAGUAUGCUUCUACAAAAGUGGAGACCCUCAGUUUGGCGGACUCCGCAUGGUCAUUAAUAACCGGACCUUUAAAACAUUUGAUGCUCUCCUGGACAGUCUGUCUAAAAAGGUUCCCCUUCCAUUUGGGGUGAGAAAUAUCACAACCCCUCGAGGUGUUCAUGGGAUCUCUACUUUGGACGAUCUUGAGGAUGGAAAAUCCUACAUCUGCUCUGACAGACGAAGGGUAAAACCCAUCAAUCUGGCAGAAGCAAGAAAGAAGCCAACACCUUGGUACCAUGCCAGACCAGUCAGUUCACGGCGACGCACGGUGCAGCAGGCUAGAAUGUUUCCUGGUCAAAGUGUCUACAGGAAGGAACCAGUCGUGGUCCGGACCCCAAAGAGGUUAUUGGUUUUUCGCAAUGGUGACCCCUCCGUCAAACACAUGGUGGUGCUGCAGAGGAGGACAACGCCAACGUUUCAAUCCAUUCUGGAAUAUAUAUCAGAGUUAAUGCAGUUCCCUGUGAUAAAGCUCUACACACCUGACGGGCGACGUAUUGACGGUCUCCCGAGCUUGAUACUGAGCUCCGGCACUGUGGUGGCAGCAGGCAGGGAGUCAUUUUGGCCAGCAAACUACACUGGGCAAAAAACAUCCCCACCCAGAAAGAUGCCAGCAAACAGAGCAACCACCAGACGACACAAGGCUCUAAACCGCAAAAAGAAGUCUCUCUCAUUUGCAUCGGAAUCCAGAAACUUCUCCCCCUCAUCACAGAAGUACAUUGUGAAUCAGAUUCACAAAACCAUGGGGAAGAGAUCAAACGAGCUUUCUAGUUACCAAACCAACUCUGUGGAGGUGGAGUCUAGUCACUUGCUGUCGGUGGCAGAGAUGGAGAGUUUGAACGAUGAGAGCGAGGAAUAUAACUGCGUGGUUCCCUCCGAGGACGACAUCGAAAAGUCCUUCAGGGUGAACCAGGAUGGCAGCAUGACAGUGGAGAUGAAGGUGCGGCUAACGAUUAAGGAAGAGGAAACCCUUCACUGGACGACCACCGUGAGCCGCUCCACUGUGGCUAACCAGCUUCAUGUGGAUUCUCUACCAGAUAUUGAUCAGGCGAAGCACAUAGAUAAUCCUGCCACUAACUCGGUGGAUAUACAGAACUUCUCAGCAGAUGCCAUCAAUCCAUACAGAACAAAAGAUGAUUUCGAUGACGACCCUCCACCACUGGCCAGCCAAGCUGUCAACCACAGUCAUUACGAAGAGGAAAGCAUUAAGACACAAAUGGAUGUGGAAGCACAGAUAAGAACACCAAGCCCAGGCCUCAAGCAAGUGAGGACAAAGCAGGCCUCUAUUGAAAGUAUCAGGUCGAUGACAGCAGAUGGGAUUCAUGAAGACACAGUGGGCUCUUUUUCUUACUCAGAACGGACAGAAAACGGAGCCAUGACGGAGCAGUACUGCAUGGUCAGGCAGAGUAGCACCAGGCCGGUUCCCAAACCCAGAAGGCUUGGCUCUUUGGACGCUCACAGUACAAACAGAGCCUUUACAUCAGGCGAGAUAUUACAGAUUGAUUCCAGCAGGGAGGAGGUGACUGAAACUCUUCUUCAUAUUUAUGAGCAUCGGUCCAGCCCGGACAACUUCCUGGCCAACCUUUGCCGAGAUGAUGGGUCCAUGUCUGGUAUUUCUAAUUGUCGACCUUCAACCUCAGAAACAGGGAGGCUUUCCUCCGCUAAUGAACUAGAACAUGAAUAUUGUAGGCCCUCGACAGCCUCAGAAUGUAUAAGUACAUGGAAGAAUGAUAACUUAUCGCUAGCGUCCGACUUUACCAUACCCACACUUCAGAAUGGAACAGUGGUCAAUGUGUCAAAAAGGCAGCAGAAAUCCACCAACAGUCCGGCGAGCACAGAAAAGUCUCAACAAAAAGUGGCCAAAAACAGCAGGACAUCUCCCAAACUGGUCAAGAAACGAUUAAGGCGGCUAAAGUCGCCAGCAAUGAAAAAAAAAGGGAAUUCACCUAAAAAAGGAAAAACCUUCUCCAGUGCUGGAUUCCUCAAGGGCAUUUAUGGAAGUAAAACCAAGUCACCAAAACGCAAAGCCAAAAAGAAGAAGAGAGCUACACAAAGUGAAAGCAAUGUGGCAAGCAACUCUCCGAAUACUUCCAUGGCACCAGGAAAAGAAACCAAGGUUCAUGUUGACACAACCCCCCAGGAAAUACCUGAGGUUAGUCGGUCAAGAACAACUCUUCGAAGACAAACAUCACUGUAUCAGGAAAAAACAAAUUACAUUAAUGGAGAAAUGCCGCAGCAGGAUUUUAGUUCAUCUUGUAGCGCGAGCAACGAGUAUGUCGAGAACUGGCUCUACACGGCACAGAUGAGCUCAAAUGAGACGCAGAUGAAGGGUAGUUUACAGUCAGAAUCAAACGAAAAGUUGUUCAAUGUUGCAGAGGGAGUUAAGUGUUUAGAUGAGAAAAUUAAGUCCAACAACUCUUUCAAAGCUGCCCAACCACCUCAGAACCUAAUAGAGACCUCUGUCAAACAGAGAAUCAAGUCCUUUGAGAACCAGCUGACUCCAAUGGAGCAGAUUACAUUGACUCAAACGGCAACAGGAAAAACAGGAAAUCAUAAUAUAACAGGAGUUAAGACGUGUUUUAAUGGCAUUUCAACAACAAAUUAUGCAGAAAAUGACGAGGACUUUCCACCUCCACCUGCAGAAAACCUUAUUGAUUUUGAAGAUAAAAUGUUGGACCACUGCACUUCAUCAGUCAGUCCACAAUCUGUCAAAACUUCAUCUGCUCAAAGCCUAGAAAUGAAAGCAGAGAACGAUGCCAGCCCUGGACUAUCAAGAUCCACAUCAGUUAAACGGAUCCCACUAGUCAGCAAUCAAUCACUAGAGAGAAAAAUGUCACUGAGAAAAACCUGUUUGGAUAACGGUUUAGAAGGCAAUGUACAUCCAGAGGGUUUUGUGCUCAUGAAUUCUGAAAGCCCGGUGGAUUGCAACAUGUUGGUGAAUGGCAACUGUUCAACAGAGAAUGGAAAAAUUGAGACGGGCAGCAGACAAUCAUCCUCAGAGCAGAGCAGCAGCCUGACCUGCACCUCAGUGUCUCCAUCUAGUCAAAUAUCUGAUGAUUGUGCAUCUUCAGCCAGUAUAUUAUCAAGUGAGCCUUCAGCCCUUAAUAACAUUCCAAAGAAAAUAUCAUCACCAAAAAACCUGCGAGGGCCAGAAAGAAGUCCAACGUCAGUGAGAAAACUUAAGAAUGAUCCCUUCGACAGUGCUGACAAAAACCUUUCCAAGAAGAUUGCAACACAAAAAACUCCAAAUCACAGCCCAGCAACAAAGAAAAAGAUGUUCUCAAAAUCAAAACACCAACCAUCACCAUAUUCCCAGUCUCUGGACAUGAUGUCCGCUAAUGCUAGACAAAAUGCAUUACUUUCCAGAACCUUGUCUUCAGAUGGUUCCACGGAGCAAACAAAGACGACACAAGACAAAAGAAAGUCCAAGGAAGCCUUGACUUCUGACACAAUGUUGGCUGCAGAAGCGAGAAAUGUGAAUACAAGGAAAGACCUAAAUGCAGUGACACAAAAGGAAACCAGUGUUGAAGAGGAGCAUCUGAAGAACCAAAUCAUGAAACUAGUUCUGGACAAGAUAUGCCAGUCUGUUAAGGCGGUGCGAGACAGCAGUGGAUCUUGUGGUCUGUCUGACCUCUCCUCCCAUGUGGAGUCCACGUUUGGCUCCUCCUCACAUGAUCUUUUAACAUUUCUUUCCAUCAUGACGUUAAAACACAGCCUCACCAAACAAUAUAUUGAGCAACUGAAUGCAAAAAACGUCAGUUCUACCGAGGCAUUCAAAAUGAUCAGCACAUUAGGUGAAAUUUCAGGCAUCGAAGAUUCAAGUAGGUUGAGAGGCAGCUUGUGCGAAUUGCGAACGUCUGCAUCAGAGACGCUAAUGGAAAACUGGAUGGAGUUCUGUAGCAAAGACAGGUGUAAAGAGGAGCUAAUUACCCAGCUGGAUUUGCCAGAGUCACUGAAAGAAGAGCUAGCGUCUCUUUCAGAGAUCAACACUGGCAGUCAUGAAAGCAAAAGUAAUGGAUCCCAAAAUGAGGCACUUGUUAUUACGAAAGACUCUCAAGAAGGAUUUGGUGCAGAAAAGAAGGCGCUAAAACAGACUUCAACACACACAGAUAAUUUCAAAAGUAUCCCCAAUGGUUGUGCAGUCAGAGCCGAGGAAGGACUUGAUCGGCAGAGCAGCGAGUCAAACCUUCUUCCAGUUAUGAGUAAUGCUGAGAGGAUGUCAAAAGAAGGUUGCAGCGAAGUAGGCAAAGGACAGCAACAGUUGUGUAGGACGGAGGAAAAUGAAUGUCACCAAACACAACCACAAUUCGAAAACAAAUACCAUGUAAGUUCAGAUUUCGUAGAUGGAGGAGAGACGGAUCAUGACAGAAAGUGCCCAGAACAAGUUCUUGGAGACAUGUACGGAGAGGAAACUCUUUCAGAUUCUUCCUUUGACAAAUCUCAAUCACAGGGUACUAGGCAUCAGAUGUCCAAAUCAGUGCAGGAAUCAAGUAGCAUGGGGAGCAUGGAGGAGGAGUCAGAGGUAGAGUAUGAGGAGAGAGAACAGGAUGGCAACCAAUCAGGUGCUGAAAGCCCCUCUGAGGAGGAAGACCAUGAUUAUCUAGGGCUGAAUGCCAACAGGAAAGAAAGUGCCGCCAAUGAAAAACAGUACUUGUCAGUAGAGCCUCACGAUACAAACAACAGACAGAUAAAUGGAUUCAUAAAUGACGCCGAGGAUAGACAGGUGCUGGGAAUAUGUCCAGGUACUAAACUAAAUGUAAUAAUUGAGGAAAGUUUCUGUGGACAAGAAGAAGAGCAGGAUGAGGGUCAAAUCCUUGAUCAGAAUGGCAGGGAAGAUUCGCUCAGUGUUGACAAAGUUCCCGGAGAUAAAACCUGGACCACGAACCCUCUGGAGAUGAGUCACAGUAGCACUCAGCUGGAAGAUCAGGAUCCACUCAUUGUUAAAAGCAGAACCUUUAACAGCAACCUGUCUAAACCUGGCUCUGACGCUGAAGACAGUGGGAAUGACCACAGAAGCUGUGAGGAACAAAUAGAGAGCCAUUUAAAGGCAGGGCAAACUAGAGGCUCAAUUGAGGAAGAAACAAGUGCAUAUGAAGAGGAGUGCAGCUCAGAUGAAGAAGCGGUCAUGGCAGACGGCUACAAAGAGAACGCAAAAUCUGGAAAAACAGAUGAAAAACUGAAAGAAACAGAGGUGAUUAUUACCCAAUCUGUGGCAGAGAGGGUCAAUCUUCUCGAGAAGCAAGUCGCUGAAGCCAAGAAGACUAUAAGUACGACCGAAAGUUCAGUUUUCAGAUCCUAUUCUCACAGAAACGGCCAUCUUGGGGAUGACACUCAAGCCAUUCCCCCAUCUUCUUUGUCCUUCAGCUAUGACUCAAGUGGAGUCAUUACCACAGAGCCAGAGAGCAACAAGGUGAAGUCAAUCCGUGACAUGUUUCUUGCCAAGACUUCCAAUGACAUUCCCGCACUUCAGAAACAUUCAAACUCAACUAACAUGUCUGACCUCAGGACGGACACUUCUGCCAGUGCUGGCUAUCAGUCUCAAACUUCCAGUGAGGUAUCCAGUGGCGAGGAGGAUGUGUCCAAGAAGUCCAUCACAAAAGGAUUUGUGCGCAGGACAAUUGAGAGGCUUUAUGGUCGGAACAAUGUCCACCAUGAUGAGGAUGAAAAGGACAGACCCACAUCUGCCUCCAAACAAAAGACAGACUACUCUAGCAUGUUCUCCCCCUUCCACGCAGCUCGGACCAAAGCAAUGCCGGACAUGUCUUAUUUCCAUUCAACUAGUGCACUGAACACCUUGACUGAGGCGACCGGGUGCUUUGCUUUCAAUGUUCAAGUGGAGCCUACAGAUCAUAUAGAAGCAGAUGGAUGGCUAUCUCGGGAGAACAGUCUCAUAAGGAAGUCUUUAUCAGAUCCGAUUGGCAUUAGCAAGAACCUAGCGCACAGAAAGGAGACAGAAGAAUCAGAGGAAACUCCGUAUUCUUUCUUCAGCACCAACUCCGAACCAGAGGAGAAUCAACAGUCGCAAUCACGAAAGUGCACCUACUUCUCUCUGCCUCACACAAGUGAAUCAGACACUGUUCCGGAUGAUGUUAGUAAAAGAAGUAUGAAUGUGGACGUCGGCUCAGAGGCAAACAGUCAAGUGUGGGCAGAGAAGAACGGCAGUCCGACAAGUGACUUUAAGAAGAGGGACAACAAAGUGCACCCUCUCAUCGAGGCGCCACCUGAUAGUGAGGUUGUGGUAGCGCAGCCGGUGAAACAACAGACUGUGGCCAACAGACACAUUCAAGACCCUGACAUGUUGGAUUUUCUGUAUAACUUUUGUGGCGAACAUUGUCCCAUCUUAUAGAGACUUCGCACCAAAACUCAAGGAAUUCAAUAUCUAUGUUAACACUAUAAGGCUGCACUUGUUACUGUGUUUGGUGCCUAUUUUGAUAUGUUGCCAUAGCAUACCAUGUUAUACAUUAACUCAUCCGACAAGACUAAUUUUCACUUUUAACCAAAUGUGACGAUUUCUCCCAAUGUAUUUGCCAUGCAAACUCGAAAGCAGCUUUUUCUUUUGAUAGGUUGCCUGUCAACAGCACACGAGAGUAUUACCGUAAUCUUGUUUUUAAAACCUCUUAGAACAGAUCAAGUCACAGCAGAUGUCAAGCGACAAGGCCAAUCCCUUCUGCUCGCAGCGGGUAGGUCAAUUUAUGGAUGCAGCUCAAAUGAGGUGACGCUUGAACAAAGCAGAUCCAAGUUGUUGACAGUCAAUGUCACGCAAAUCCUGUGUGCAUAGUCACUGUUCAUAGUGUAAAUUGCUUUUUAAUAGUAAAUAGCUGAAAACAUGUCAAACAAGUCCCACUGGACUUCAAAAUGGCAGCUGUAAAAAUUUAUAUUUUAAUAAUGUGUAAAAUAAACAAGUUUAUGAUGAAGAGUAUUUGUUGCUUC